AUGCCGCCCAAAGCAGCGACCCCACCAAAGCUCUCGCCUCAGGACGUGCCCGUCGUCUUCCAGCGCUACCGCACUGAGCUGCAGAACCUCGCCCAGAAGAUUGGCGAGCUCGAGAGCGAGCUCGAGGAGCACUCCGGGCGGCGGUGGCUGGGCUCGGCUCUUAAGCUCGUAGCCGGGCCACUGCUCACCGCUUUCGCGGGCCAUGUGUCGCCCGACCCCGACCUAACCUUCGCCCCCAGCCUCGUCCUCGGCACCCUCCAGCCCCUCGUCAAGACCGAGCCCGAGCGCGCGUGCUACCGCCUGAUCGGGGGCGUGCUCGUGCAGCGGACGGUCAAGGACGUCGCGCCGACCCUCGAGACCAACUACGCCGGUAUCAAGGAGGUGCUCGAGACGCUCGUCAAGACGUACAAGAGCAAGGAGGAGGAGUUUGGCGCGUUCCAGCGGGAACACAAGAUUGCCAUGCCCGGACGAGCAUGA